CAUUCGCCAUGGCUUCCAGUAGUUAUGACCGCGCGAUUACUGUUUUUUCUCCUGAUGGACAUCUUUUCCAAGUAGAAUAUGCUCAAGAAGCUGUUAAUAGAGGAUCGACAGCGGUUGGAGUUCGUGGUAAAGAUAUCGUAGUAUUAGGAAUCGAAAAGAAAUCUGUUGCUAAGCUACAGGAUUCGAGGACCAUGCGAAAAAUUUGUUCUCUAGAUGAUCAUGUAUUUAUGGCAUUUGCAGGAUUGAACGCUGAUGCUCGUAUUUUGGUUAAUCGGGCUCGCAUUGAGUGUCAAAGUCACAAAUUAACGGUAGAAGAUCCUGUUACUUUGGAAUACAUCACACGGUAUAUCGCUGGAUUAAAGCAGCGGUAUACGCAGAGCAACGGGAGAAGGCCAUUUGGAAUUUCAACACUAAUUGCUGGUUUUGAUUACGAUCGUACACCUCAUCUAUACCAAACAGAUCCUUCUGGAACUUAUCAUGAAUGGAAGGCUAAUGUGAUAGGUAGAAGUGCAAAAACUGUGCGGGAAUUUUUAGAGAAAAAUUAUAACAGUGAAGCAAUCGAAUCCGAUCAAUCUACAAUUCGACUAACCGUUCGUGCUCUGUUAGAGGUUGUGCAAUCAGGAGGGAAAAAUAUUGAGGUUGCUAUUAUGAAAUUUGGCGAUGGACUGAAGGUUAUUCCCAAAAUAAGCAAUUGA